CUCGCAGCCAGAGGCAGCUGUUCAUCAUCACCCUUCAUCACCCCGAUCGCCUCCAACAAACCUCGAGACAAGCACCCUUCACGCGAAGACUUGUCCCACGAGCUGCCACGAUGGCGCCCCCCAAGGACACCAUGUUCCGCUCCGCGGACAUGUCCUUGACGCAGCUCUACAUAUCCAACGAGAUUGGCCGCGAGGUCGUCUCUGCGCUUGGAGAGCUUGGUGUCAUGGACUUUAGAGAUCUCAACUCGGAGACGACCGCCUUCCAACGUACCUUCACUCAGGAGAUCCGACGUCUCGACAAUGUAGAAAGACAGCUCAGGUACUUCCAUGCCCAGAUGGACAAGGCCAGCAUCUCGAUGCGAUCGAUCUACGACUUCAACAACCCCUUCACCGCGCCAUCUGCCUCCGAGAUCGACGAGCUUGCCGACAAGAGCCAAAGCUUGGAGCAGAGAAUCUCCUCGCUGAAUGAGAGCUACGAGACGCUGAAGAAGCGCGAAGUCGAGCUCACCGAGUGGCGCUGGGUCUUGAGAGAGGCAGGUGGCUUCUUCGACAGGGCGCGCGGUCAGACCGACGAGAUCCGACAGUCCGUCGACGAUGAUGACGCGCCCCUCCUUCAGGAUGUCGAGCAGAACGGCCAAGCUGAUGGCGCAGAGCGAUCCUUCACCGUCAUGAAUAUUGGCUUCGUUGCCGGUGUCAUUCCUCGUGAGCGCAUUGCCGCCUUUGAGAGGAUCUUGUGGCGCACGCUCCGUGGCAACUUGUACAUGAACCAGUCCGAGAUCCCAGAGCCCAUCAUCAACCCCGAGACCAACGAGGAGACGAGCAAGAACGUGUUCAUCAUCUUCGCCCACGGCAAGGAGAUCAUUGCCAAGAUCCGAAAGAUCUCUGAGUCUCUUGGCGCUGAUCUGUACAGCGUUGAUGAGAACAGCGAGCUGCGUCGCGACCAGAUCCGUGAGGUCAACACCCGUCUGAGUGAUCUUGCUAGCGUGUUGAAGAACACCAAGUCCACUCUCGAUGCGGAGUUGACAGCUAUCAGCCGCAACCUGGCAGCUUGGAUGGUCAUCAUCAAGAAGGAGAAGGCCACUUAUGAGACGCUGAACAAGUUCUCAUAUGACCACCAACGUAAGACGCUCAUCGCGGAAGCGUGGGCUCCUACGAACUCCCUUGGCUUGAUCAAGUCCACCCUGUCAGACGUCAACGAGCGCGCUGGCCUCUCGGUACCAACCAUUGUCAACCAGGUCAAGACGACCAAGACCCCACCGACUUACUUCAAGACGAAUAGGUUCACUGUCGGGUUCCAGACCAUCAUCGACGCCUACGGAACGAUCAAGUACCGUGAAGUCAACCCCGCCCUACCCUCGAUUGUUACCUUCCCGUUCAUGUUCGCUGUCAUGUUCGGUGAUACCGGACACGGUGUCAUCCUCCUCUGCGCCGCCAUUGCUAUGAUUUACUACGAGCGCAGACUCGAACGCAGCAAGCUUGACGAGUUGUUCUCCAUGAUGUUCUACGGUCGAUACAUUGUCUUGAUGAUGGGAAUCUUCUCCAUCUACACUGGUCUCCUCUACUGCGAUGCUUUCUCCAUUGGACUUCCAUGGUUCAAGUCUAUGUGGGUUUGGGACAACGAUGGCGCGGGCCCGACUGCUUCGCGAGUGGAGGGUUACACCUACCCAUUCGGCCUGGAUUACCGCUGGCACGAUACUGAGAACGACUUGCUGUUCUCGAACAGUUACAAGAUGAAGCUCAGUAUUCUUCUUGGUUGGACCCACAUGACCUUCUCCCUCAUGUGGUCCCUCGUCAACGCUCGUUACUUCAAGACGCCUAUCGAUAUCUGGGGUAACUUCGUUCCUGGAAUGAUCUUCUUCCAGUCCAUCUUUGGAUACCUGGCGUUCACCAUUGUCUACAAGUGGUCCAUUGAUUGGCCUGCACGUGGAACAGACCCUCCCAGUUUGUUGAACAUGUUGAUUUUCAUGUUCUUGCAGCCUGGUACUCUUGAAGAUCCGGACCAACCUCUCUAUCCUGGACAGGCUGGCAUCCAGGUCAUCUUGGUGCUCAUGGCUCUUGCCUGUGUCCCUAUUCUUCUCUUCCUGAAGCCUCUCUACCUCCGAUAUGAGAACAACAAGGCUCGCGCCAUGGGCUACCGCGGUAUCGGCGAGAGCUCUCGCGUCAGUGCGCUCGACGACGAUGACAACGAGGAUGGACCUCACCUCAAUGGCAACCGAGAAAGCUUCGGCGACGACGAGGAUGGUGUUGCCAUGAUCACGCAGGACAUUGGUCACAGCGAAGAACACGAGGAGUUUGAAUUCAGCGAGGCUAUGAUUCACCAAGUCAUCCACACUAUCGAAUUCUGUCUCAACUGCGUUUCCCACACGGCGUCUUACCUCCGUCUUUGGGCCCUGUCCCUCGCCCAUCAACGUCUGUCGAUUGUGCUUUGGGAGAUGACCAUGAAGAACGCCUUUGCUUUCACCGGCGUGGCUGGAUCUUUCAUCAUGGUAUUCGUGUUUGGUUUCUGGUUCGCGCUUACUGUGAUGGUGCUCUGUGUUAUGGAGGGUACUAGUGCCAUGUUGCACUCACUGCGUCUCCACUGGGUCGAGGCCAUGAGUAAGCAUUUCAUGGGUGACGGUGUGGCAUUUGAGCCAUUCAGUUUCAAGGUUCUGUUGGAGGAGGAUCCAGUGCAGUAAUUGUCGUUUCGUUUGUUUGCGUACUGUAGGAUUAUGCUGGACCUUUAAUCGUGGGCUAUGUAUAUAGAAUGCACAAUGGACUCUGUCAAGUUGUAUGAGUUCUAUGGUAUCGCAUCUCAUUUCGUC